AUGUCGUUCAGCAUCGCAAAUACCACAACGGUGGUGUCCUCGACCAUCUUGCGCAUGGCCGCUUAUGUCUUCCUACGCUGGCACGCUCCUCCAGUUGUUCUGACAGCCUUCGCCAUCUACGCUACAUCGUUCUUCUACCAAUUCACUCACACAAGCCCAUACAGAGUCGUGUCUGAUGAGCUUGACAUCAUUACCAGAGAUACCAUCGAUCGCGAUGACAGCGAUGAUGAAUUGCUCGUCGAUUCCGAGACAGACGAGCCGCUUCAGGAAAUUGAUGUCCAGGAGACAAUCGUCCUUGAGGAGAAGGAUCCCAAAAUCCUGCAAAGCCUCGUGACAGGUCUUCCCAGCCCCAGCUCUCUGUUCUGGUCUAUCGUGACUUUUCUUACCAAUGCUGCUCUUCUGGCCAUGGUGGCCGACAUGGUCUACCGUGCCCCGCUCUUCCAUCCUUCGCACAACCUCUCGUUCGUCCGCGUUGGCCACGUCUCUGAACACGGUGCAAAGCUUCUGGUCAGAGAACCUCGUACUUCUGAACACCCUCUACGUUUGAGUUACAGAUAUGCGGGCGAGUCACCCGAUGAUGGCACCCGUGAUCAUGAUGCUAGCUGGAAACACCCUCAAAAUGCCAUCAACGUUGACGAGAGCACCGAUUACACUGGAAUCUUUCAACUGACAGGACUCCGACCUGAUACUACUUACCAGUACACUGCCUCAAACAACCAUACCGGUUUCUUCGUCACAGCACCCCGAGUUGGACGCACCGCUCCUCGUAACAACGAUGUCUUCACCUUCUUGCACUCUUCCUGCAUCAAGCCCAGGUUCCCAUACAGCCCUUUCUACCACCCACUGGAUAUCCCAGGCUUCAAGCACCUGGCCAGCCUCUUGCCAUCGCUGAAGGCUCAGUUUAUGAUCUUCAUGGGCGACUUCAUUUACGCCGACGUGCCCAAGCGUUUCGGUACUGAUGCUGAAUCAUACCGCAGAGAAUACCGUCAGGUCUACUCUUCGCCCCAAUGGGAGUCUGUAAGCUCAGAGGCCAAGCUGCCCUGGAUUCACGUCUUGGACGACCACGAGAUUGCCAACGACUGGGACAAAAACACAACUGGUGUCUACGAAGCUGCCGUCGAUCCAUGGCACCACUACCAAGCCGCCGUCAAUCCCGACCCAGUUCGUGCCGGCGCUACAUACUUCAGGUUCGACCAAGGACCUGCAUCGUUCUUCAUGAUCGACACCCGUCGUUAUCGCCAGCCAUUCGACGGUACGGAUGGCUCCUACAACAGCACCCAAGCUGAGACCGGUUACAAGAAGAGUAUGCUUGGAGAUCAGCAGCUUAGAGAUCUGCUUGAUUGGCUUGCGGCUCCUGUGCCCAGCGGUGUCAGAUGGAAGGUCGUGAUCACAAGCAUUCCUUUCACCAAGAACUGGCGCUUUGGAAGCGAAGACACCUGGGGCGGAUACCUGGGUGAGAGACAGAUCAUUUUGGAAGCCAUGUGGGAUGUUGGUCUUCGUGGUGGCGUUGGUGUUGUUGUCCUCAGUGGUGACAGACACGAGUUCGCUGCCACUUCGUUCCCUCCACCUACUGAAGGCAAGGUCACUGGACUUGAUACUAUGAGUGGCAAGUUGAGCACCAAGAACUGGCCUGUCAGUGCGACAGUUCAUGAGUUCAGUGUCAGUCCUCUGAGCAUGUUCUAUCUCCCUGUUCGCACCUACAAGCAGACCGACAAUGACGACGUGUGUGUUAAGUACAUGCCCGACGGAAACUCGAAGUUCGGCGCUCUGAGUAUCAGCACCCCACCUACCUCCGACCAGUCCGAAUUGAAGUACCGCCUCUUCAUUGACGGCAAAGAGGCAUGGAGCCACAAGAUCCUGACUCCACCCAUGACUCACGGCAGUGGCCGCGGUAAGGACGCGCUAUGGGGCUGA